AUGUAUGCGAAGGUAUUGGGAGUUAUGUUGGUGUUGGGCUUCACCACGGGUAGGAUAAACCCAGUGGUCCAAGCCAAAAUGGACCACAGAACUGGUCUUAACGAAAUGACCCUCAGGGUGGUGUUGGAUCCUGUUCUGCGCCAGAUGGCUCCUAUUUCUGUACCAGACAUUGCCAAUAUAUCUCUGUCGCCCUGGACUUACAGAGAGUCCCGUGUGGCUUCACGUGUCCCGAGGGUGCUCUUCAAUGCUCAAUGCCUGACUCGCAGCUGUCUGAGCCACCCGGGUGGUGAGGAAGAUGCAGCCUUGCAGGUCAAACCUAUCAAGUACCAGGUCCUGGUUUUGCACAGGAUCCCAAGCCAAAAACAAAAUAACAUCUCAAAGAAGAAGAAGAAUAAGAAGGCGAGGAGGAACAAGUAUAAAUUCAGACUGGGAACAGAGAUUAUUACAGUGGGUUGUACCUGCGUCAGGCCCGUUGUUUGAUUUCUUUACAUUUUACUUGCUAAUCAACAUACAGUUAACUUGGUUUCAAUUUUUUUGGUGUGUAAAAAAAAUGCAAAAAAAUAAAAAAUAGAGCCAAAGGAGC